CACGCCAUUCUGUUGCAAAGACGGAAGAACAUAAACACAACUUUGUUUUGCUAUAAAAACUCUUAUUUACCACUUUUAUUGUGUCCUCAAACGCACCAGUUUUGACAGACAUGCGACUGAGCAUGCGUCGGAAAUGCUAACUGCUCCGCUGGCUGGUUACUAGCGGAGACUUCCCUCAUUUUUUCCACAUUCAUUUGACUUAAAUUUUACGUUAAUGCUGUGAAUAAACGCGACGCUUCGUUUAAUCUGACAUUAAACUCAUUCAGACGAGAUUCACGAGGAUUAGCUUCACGAUAGCCUGCGAUUGUUUUUAGCCUCAGUGAUGCUAACGUCGUAGCCGCUGCUGACAACGAUGAUAAAGUUCGUGUUGAUGGUGAACCGUCAGGGUCAAACCAGACUGUCUAGAUAUUAUGAGCGUGUGGAAGUGACCAGGAGGGCGGCGCUAGAGGCCGACGUGGUUCGCUGCUGCCUGAGCAGAAAGAAGGAGGAGUGUUCGUUUGUGGACCACAGGGACGUGCGUCUCGUCUACCGUCAGUACGCUGCGCUCUACAUCGUGGUCGGCGUCACAGACACUGAGAACGAGUUGUCCAUCUACGAGCUCAUCCACAACUUUGUUGAGGUCUUGGACAAAUACUUCAGCCGUGUGAGCUGUGUGUGUGUGUGUCUGUCUCUGCAGAGUGAACUGGACGUAUCCUUCAGUGGACGCCACACGACGUCCGUCUGUGUGGUGACAAGACCAUGUAUCAGCCACGCCCCCUACUGUUCACCCUCUGAUAAAGCCCCACCCCCUGCCGUUCACCUUGAUAAAAGCUCCGCCCCCUACCAUUUAAAAGUCCAGUUUUUCACAAUAAUUUUAACUUUUUUCAACGUAAACAUUUUUUUAACUCAGUUUGACGGAUUUCAAUUAUCGUGAAUUGUGAAAAUCGUACAAUUGUCGCUUAAAUACGACAAUUAUCUCAGUUUGUUUGCUCGUCUGUUAGCAACAGCUCCGCCCCCCCCACUGUUUACCCUCUGGUAAAAGCUCCGCCCCCAAAACACUGAAAGUGGAGUUUUAACGAAAUAUCCAAUAAACACCGAUGUUUAUGUCACAGUCACAUGGUUGUUUUCCUCGACUCUGAUUGGCCGACAGAUCAUGUUCAACCUGGAGCGCGUUCACGUCAUCCUGGACGAGAUGAUCCAGAACGGACACGUGGUGGAGACCAACAAGAGCCGCGUCCUGGCGCCGCUCCACGCCCUCACCAAGAUGGCCGACGCCUCCUGACUCGGGGAGGAGCUUUGAGAGGAGGAACCACAGGACGUCGUCGUGGUUACGUCAUACUUUGCAAACAUUUUAAUGAGUUUUUUUUUCAGCGUACACAUUUGAAAAUAUCUGUUUUCCUCAAACUGUUAAAUAAAGUUUAUAAUAUACAAAGAAAAUACAGGAGAGCGA